AUUGCUUGAAGGAGCUUGUAUCGCUUAAUUGUUUGCUUAGUUUCUAGUUGCAGUGUCAUCUUUCCCUUAUUCGUCCGAUGUGUUGUGUAUAACUUGCAUUGCUAAGCAUUACACUGUUGGUUAAUAAAUACUAUUUUCACUGUUUGCUAUCGAUAAAAAAAAUGUUCAUUACCAUUUGUCCCUUAUAUCGUCGCCUUAAGCUGCCAUAGCCUCUUUUCCAUUGCCUGUUUGUUUUCCCCCUCCCCCCGCGAUUGGCCCCUGGGUAAAUAUGUUUCCCCAUUGGUAGCUAAUGGAGGCAUGUGCAAUUCAAACGCACAAUGACACUGGUGCUGCGGCAUGUGCGUUCGUCAACCUCGCUCUUUGAUUCUACCUCUGUUUGGUGUAUUUAGUGCGUGCUGCUUCUAAGCUUACCAACUCCGCACUAUUGGCCACCUUUUCUCCCUGUUCCCUCCCCACUCUAUCUGCUUCCCGUGUCUACUAUUUUGAUGACAUUCAGCACCUUCAUCUCUGCACCCCACACGGUCUAGGAGUGGAGCUCGCAGAAAAUGAAGCGAUCUUGCAGAAGAUGCUGCGCAGCACUGCCCCUUAAUUCUGAACCCAGCUGAAUGCCACCAUCGACAUCAAAAAUUACAAGACCAACAAAGAUUGGCCAUAACAGGACUUGAAGAUGGCAUUUGAUCCACUCCACGCUCCAUCCAAAAUAUAAGCACUGGGUAGUUUGUCCGUGUUUCACGCAAAUGGACAAUGGACCAAUAGCUCACAUAGACCUUGUUCUUGUUGAUGAAAAGGGAAAUGCCAUAUAUGAUGAAAUACCAAGCUCUGAAAUAGACACUAUAAGCCCUUUGGUCCAAGAAGGUGGCAUCAUCAGCCGUUUUAGAGUAUCAAGGGCCAAGUCUCUGUACAGGCCAGUUGAUGCGCCUUACAUGAUCGAGCUCACUUGCUACACCAAGAUAUCUCCAGCAAAGAAUAUGGCAGAAACAUUCCCAAGAUAUGUCUAUAAACUCACGCCUUUUACAGAGCUACCAAAAUACGCUAGUGAAAAUAGACACUUCUUAGAUGUCCUUGGCAUCAUCUCUGAAGUUUUUGACAUGACCUUGCUGCAACUUCCAAAUCAAUCAACUACCACUAUAAACAGAAAUAUAAUCCUCAAGGAUCUCAGCAAUGUCGAGGUUAAACUGACCCUAUGGGGACAACGUGCUGCUGAGUUUACCAUUGAUGAAAUUUAUAAUGAGGAAGAAGGUAAACCAAUUGUUCUCCUCGUUGUCGGCAAUCUCAUGAAAAGUUUCGCAGGUGAAGAAUACCUAAGUGAAAAUACUGCAUGUCACUGGUAUUUUAACCCCACAAUUCCAGAAGAUGAAGAGUUUUAUAACAGGAGGACAAAGAUGCUAAAAAAAAGAGCAAGGAAGAGAAUCUCAGAGGAACAUCUGACCCAUUGCUUCACCUGAUAGGCCAAAGGCUAUUUCCCAGCAGAUCACAUCUAGCUCCACAAAGGUGCCUAAAUUCAAAGCUACUCACACACAAAAAACCAACCAAUGAAGGUCACUUUCACUCACAUACCGCUUCUCUACACACAAUCUUUGCAAUUGCCGCAUGAAGGAACCUGCUCUUUCACAUUUAUUCUAUUUCUUUUUUCCUCCCUUUUGGACUUACUUUUGGACCUUGGUUCCUCAAGCUCUUAGCCCGUGAUCCCCAGGAGAUGAUAUUGCCACUAAUCCUCCUCUGGUACACUAAUCAGUGUAUAUAAUUACAAACCAACAAUACUAUCUAGGAUGCUCAAUAUAGCUGACCUGCAUACGCCUGCUGAAAGUAUAUCAUAUCAUCUAUAGACAUAUCCAUGAUGCUUGCAUAUAGCAAUUUUCUCUAUCAGAUCACAACAGAACGCUCAUCUUCACAUGCUCAGGUACCACACUGACCUUAGAUAUGAUAACUUAUUUCUCAUGAUGUCGCAUCAUCAAACUCGAUACGCAUACACAACUUUAUGUAUAUAUGUACACAUAACAAAUUUCCUAUUAAUAACUGUUGCAUGCAUUCUAUUUCCUUAUUUAAGUAUAUCCUACAUCAUUGUAGUCAAGUAUACUUCCUGUGUCACAAUAUCAUUACCUUUACCAUUAUUGUUUUUCUUUUUUACCCCUGCAUUCUAACAUGAUGCAUUACUUGAUACACCAGUUUGAUUCAACUAUUGGACAAAAAAGCAUAAUUCACUUUGGUUCACUCUAACAGUAAACCAAUAUAUUUCGAACAUUAAUCCCCAUGUUUUUUUUACUUUCCAUGAUGCUUGCAUAUAACUAUUUCCACCAUCAGACUAUGCCACAAUACUUACUUUCACAUACUCAGAUGUCACAUCGGUUUUAAAUAUGAUGCCUUAUUUCUUAUCAUAUUGCGUGAUGGAAGUCAAUACAAAUGCACAAAUUGAUGUGUAUAUAUAUAGAUCUCAAAAUCCUUUUGCUAACUAUCGAAUGCAUUCUAUUGGCCUGAUUGAGUACAUCCUACAUUGUUCUUAUGAAGCACAAUUUCUGUAUUCCAACAUCUUAACCCUCCCUCCCUUAUCACAUUUCAUGAUAAUAAAUUUGCCCCUAAUAAGUGCCACAUGCAUUAUGUUCCCUUAGUUAACUGCAUCCUACAUCCUUGUUGUGACCUUUUUUUUACCUCUAGAUUCGGAUAUAAGACACUACUAAAUGCAUCACUUCAAUUCAACUGUUGGACAAAAAAGCACAACCCACUUUGAUUCGCUUUACUAUUCUACCAAUAUAUUUCGAACAAUAAUUCUUAGAUUUUUGCUUUCCAUGAUGCUUGCAUACAACAAUUUACCAUAUCAGACCACCUCACAACACUUACUUUUGCAUGCUCAGAUAUCACACUGUUGUCACAUCUACUGUCUUAUUUCUUAUCAUAUUGUACAAUGGAAAUCAAUACAGAUGCACAAAUAGAUAUAUAAAUGUAAAAUAUCAAAGUCCUCUUAGUAACUACCAUAUGCAUUUUGUCCGCUAAAUUAAGUACAACCUACAUUACUCUUGUAAAGUACAAUUUCUGUAUCUUAACAUUUUAAUCCUUUUUUUUUUGACAUAACACUCCUUUUCUUUUUACCUAGAUAAAAAAAUGUAGAAUAAUGGUUGUAUAAAACAUACCAACUCUUUCCAUUUCCCUCUUUUAACUAAUCGCUUAGUGUCUACCUAUAUUAUAUAGACACCCGACUGAUGCUCCAAAACCUUCUUGUUGAACAGGUGGAAAAAAUUAUAAUAUUUGCAUCACUCCUUUAACAUUCUAUCAACAUCACCUAAGAUGCUUCUAAUGUCUGAUUUACUUCUAUGAUGCUUGAACAUGAUUCAUUUGAGUACGCUAUAUAGACUCCAUAUUAUGCUUUAUAUACUUUACCUAUUAAAAGACCUUGUUGCUCCUAGAUGUUCAAACAUGUACACCAUAACACUUACACAUUCCUUUUAAGACAAAACCAGACAACCUUAGCGUAACAUGAACUCUCAACACAUAUCGAAAGCUCUCCGCGCACAGGGGUGUGCGCAAGCCACUAGUGUCUAUACUUGAUACCCACGCUGGAGAAAUGGCAUACACUUCAAUUUUUUUGAUAAAGGAAGUUUUAUUGACUCUAAUUAUUAUAUUAAGAUAAUACAAUCACACAUAAGUUUAUUCCCCAACUUUUAUAUGAUUAGGAUGCACAUAGCCCAAAAUACAAAAAUAAAGAAAACCAAGUGCAACAAAGUAGAUAUGCUAAAUAAAACAAAUAACAGAAGAGGGAAAGUAAGGUGGAGGGUUCAAAAUUUAAAGUCCAAAAUCCCAUCCAUACAGGGUAAAAAGACUCCUGACCACCUGCUUCAAUCACGUACAUGCCGCAAAAUCCACCUCUCGAGCUUCUAGCUACAGAAGCACAAAUCAAGUACGGAUCCAAUGCAUACAUGUAUAGAUAAACUGUAAAGGAGAAGAGAUUUUCCUCUUAUCAAAAACAAAAUCCUUUUUGCAUAGCCAAAGUGACCAACAUAAUGCCAUCAUUGCCACCAGUAUAUGAGCUUUCAAUUGUUUACUAAGGCCUCAUAGCUAGUUUCCUAUCAUAUGAGUUACGCUACGGGACGGGUAAAGGUUUGAAGUGACCUGGACAAUAAACCAUACGAAACGAGUGAAUCAAUAAUCAGAGAAAAGGUGCCUAAUUGUCUUGUUUUUAUGAUAAAAAGUAACACUUCUGACUACAUUGCCGCUUUCUCUAUAUUAAAUUAUCAUUUGUUAGCAGUAUUCCUUGACAGAGGUACCAUAGGAAUAUUUUACUUUUAGAUAGCAGUUUCAGUUUUCACAACUGUUUAUUUAUAUUUGGGAGGAAUUGACCAUUCUGGUUCAGAUUCUAGUUGAAUUUGUCCCACUCCUGUGUUAAUGUUGUUUAGCCUUGCAAGAAGAUCAUUCCAAGCUAACAACUUUGGGCCGACCAGGUUUUGUCGAAAUGAAACAUUCGGUGGAGAUGGUUGUAAAACUUGGGCAAUGGUUUCCUGCUUAUGUCUCACUAUGGCGAACAAGCUAGGAUAUUGGUCACAAAGUGGAGAAUUCCCCAACCAUGUGUCCUCCCUGAAACUAGUUUGUGUACUGUCUUUGAUGGUGGAAGUGCCAGAGCGGAGUAAAUAGCGCUUCACCUUCAACAAUUUUGCCCAAAAAUGUGAAUUCUGUAGUUUCCAUUAGACCUGAGAUAAAGUUUUAGACCCCAUCUACUUAUUUCUUAUUAAGUCCUACCACAUUCCAUCUUUGUUUAGAAGUUUAAAUAACCAUUUACAAAGGAGAGAAAUAUUAUGAACUUUGAGGUCUUUACAUCACCCUGAUCUUUAGGCUGGUAGAGAAUCCUCUAUUUCACUAGUCAAUACUUCUUUUUGUAACCAUCACUUUGCCAGUAGAAUCUUGAUCGAAAGUAGUUGACUCUUCGAAGGACACCUCGUGGAAUUUGGAAGAAAGACAUCAUGUACAUGGGCAAGCUGGAGAGAACUGAGUUAAGAAGAACAAGCCUAUCACCUGAUGACAGAUGCUUGCCUUCCCAACAACUUAGUCUCUUAGCAAACCAUUAUUCUACUCCUUCCCAGUCUGCAUUUCUCAGCUUUCGAUAGUGGAUUGGGAUACCUAGGUAUCGUAGUGUGAGUUCACCUAUCUCACCGCCGAAAAGCUGAGUAUAUUGCUCUACAUCAUCUCAAGCUUCUUUGAAACAAAACAACUCACUUUUAUGGAAGUUGAUCUUUAGGCCAAACAUUUCCUCAAAGGAAGAGAACAAAAGCUUCAUGUUCUUAGCAUUCUCCAAAUCAUGUUCCAUAAAAAGGAUUGUGUCGUCCGUAUAUUGAAGAAUGGAGAGUCCACCAUCAAUGAGAUGCAAAACAACUUUGCUGAUUUGGCCAUCAGAUUUAGCUCUUUCAAUUAAGACUGCUAACAUGUCUGCCACAACGUUAAACAAAAAGGGGAGAGAGGAUCUCCCUGACAAACUCCUUUCUUUGUCUGAAAGAAAAGACCAAUGUCAUCAUCAACCUUUAUAGCUACACUACCUCCCGAGAUAAAAUUCUCCACCUAGGAACACCACUGAGGAGAAAACCUUUCAUCCGGAGAGUCUAUAAGAGGAAAGACCAUUUGUUCUUAUCAUACGCCUUUUCGAAGUUAAUUUUGAAGAUAACACUGUUCAACUUUUUAUGAUGAAGUUCAUGGAUUGUUUUACGUAGAAUGACAAUUCCUUCCAAUAUAUUCCUUCUCCGCAUAAAAGCUGUUUGAGUGGGUUAGAUUAUCUCAUCUACCAAACUAUUCAUGUGGUUGGUUGAAUUAUGUGAAUAUUUUAAAGAUAACGUUCAACAAACAAGUUGGUCUCUAUUGUUGAAUUCUGUUUGCCUCUUUGGUUUCGGUAAUAGCUGUGUAGUGGUAAUCUUCCAGAAUGUAGUUCAUGGAAUAGCGUCAUGAGGUCAUACUUAAUGACAUCCUAGAAAACUAGGUAGAAUUUAGCCAGGAAACUAUCAGGUCCGAGUGCUUUAUUAUGUUCCAUUUGGAACACUGCCUCAUGAACUUUCUUUUCUAGAAAAGGAGCUGUGAGGAAGUUGUUUUCGACACCAGACACAUGUGGAAUGUGAUCUCUUUGUGAUUCUAACAUCAUGAAGAGAUUAUCAUCUAGUGGACUAAAAAGACUUUUAUAGUAUUUUGUGAUCUAUGCCUUUUGUUGAUCCUCCCCCUCAAUUGUACCUUAGUCUUGAUCAAGACAAAAGAUGCGAUGUUUUCUGUGUUUGCCAUUUGCCCACAUAUGGAAGUAUUUUGUUUUGUUAGCUCCACAUUGAAUAUGUUUGGAUUUGGCUUGUUGAUAUCACUUCAACUCCUCUCCGAAGAGUUAGGCUAGCUAUUCGUUCGAUUGAUUCUUUAGUUCAAUCUCGAAGUCGGUUAGCCCUCGUAGCUCAACCACUUCAUCUAACUCAUUAAUGAAUUUUAGUAAAUUUUUCGUUUGGAUUUUGUAUGUUCUAGUGGUAUUCUCUGCCCAACCACUAAGGUUUCGUCUCAAAGAGUUGAGUUUGUUAUUUCAUCUUUGGAUUGGAGUUUAUCCUUUUUAGGAACUAUUCCACACCAUCCACACUUGUUCUUUAAACCCUUCCCGAUUGAGCCACCCUAACUCAAAUAUGAAGGAGGAUCAUAUAUCUAGCCUUGUAUAAUGCCAGUAUCUAAGAGAAGGGGUGCAUGAUCUGAGAUCCUGUUUGUUCUAGGGCGUAAAUUGAAGCCAACGAAAAUUUAGCUUUCCAUUCCAUGGUCAUUAAUACCUGAUCAAGUUUUUCAAAGGUAGGGUUUUGAUUGUUGUUGGCCCAGGUGAAUUGACGACAUGAUAUGUGAAUUUCCUUUAGGUCUAAGCUGUCAAUGAAAACAUUAAAUAGCAAAUUCCAAAUGUUGUGGAAUCUAUCAUUGUUUUUUGUUGGGAAAACCUCAGCAUAUUGAAGUAAUCCCCAAUAGUGUGGGGUACUCAUCAUUGUGACACAUGUUUGAGAGUUCUGCAAGGAAGUCUGCCUUGAAUUCUAUUUGGACUAGUCCAUAGAUUGUCAUCAGAUUCCAAAUGAUAAGACUUAUUCCGAAGAUGGAAUUUGACAAAGAAUUCCGCAUCAAAGAUAUUCAGGACCUCGAACAAGUCAAAAUUGGCCCCUAGUAAAAUACCAUUGGAUCUGCCCUAUGGGGGUAGACAAUGCCACAUGAAUUCCAUGCUUCUAGAAAGGCGGUUAAGGAAUACCAUAUCAACAUCAUGUUUCCCCAUUUCCGAAAGGACAAGGAAGCUCAAUUUAUAUUCAUGAACAUAAUCUGUGAUAAGAUGAAUCUUAAUCAAGCCCCUAAGACCUAUGCUAUUCCAAAAGAUGCCUCUCAUGUUAAAACAUUUGUUUUGUUUUAUUUUUUUGACUUUGAGUUGAUUUACCAACAGGACCUUUUUUUUCUUGGUGUUCGACUUGGAUAUCUAAGGGGUUGCCUUAGAUUGCAGAUUCUGCUUCCAAGCACCACCCGUCUAUGUUGACCUCAGUAACAUCAUUCACCAAGUGGGUUAGAAGGUUACCACAUGGUUCAUAAUCUGAUUGAUCACUACUGUAAUCUGUCGCCUCUUUUUCUAAGUCAGUUGUUCUGCAUUUUCUCGAAGUUCUAGGAGUCACUUUUAGUCUAUCGAAUUCCAUGUUCCUGAGGGAUUUUAUGGAGACUUCUAUUUCCCUAGCAUCUCUACCCAUGGAAAUACCCAGGUUUCUGCCUUGAAUUCUGUUUGGGCUGGUCCAUGGGAAUAUCACACAUUGCUUUGUAGUUGGCGCAAAGGAGCAGCUUAAUCACGAUGCUGAAGAUUACUGAAAGGAGAAAGUAGGCUUAGAAGCUCACUUAUGGGAUCCCUUGCGGAGGAACAAAACUAUGACUUUCACAAUUUAUAUUAGGUAGGAGUAAUUUAUUGUGAAAACUUUUUUGACAAAGGCUUAGUAGAACUAUUCAUUCAUUGCCCUGGCAUUGUUA